ACAUGUCCUACUUUCUCCCCCACUCCCUGCGGGUGGGAGCAGGCUUGUGUGGGGUGUGGGCCAGGUCUCACAGGCAGCAACAGGUUUUAAAGAYGUGCCUGAUGGAGACCGAGGAAAAGGAGGAAGAAUCCAGCUCCCUCUCAAAUGACAAAUCAGAGACUAACUCACGUCGUUGCCUCCGCUAUGUGCCCCUUGGGAUAGCCCUUCUUGUGCUGGCUGGAGCUGCUGCAGCAACCUGGUAUUUCCUAGACUACAGACCAUGGCACCUGGAACCAUCCAUCCUGCAGUUUUACUGUGGCAGCCUCCAGGUCCUCAAUCGCCGCUACUCCCCAGACCUUGGGCAGGUGGAGUCCAGAGCCUUCUGGGUGGAGUCAGCCAAGCUCCAGAACAUGCUGAAGCAACUGAUUCAUGCCACAGAGCUGGGUCGAUACUACAACUCGAGCACAGUGUAUGCCUUUGGGGAGGGAGCCCUGACCUUCUUCUUCUGGUUCACUCUCCAAAUCCCUGAGAGUCAACAGGAGAAGGCAACUGCUGAGAGGGUAAACACACUGCUUCACCAAGAGCUCUCCACCAUCUUCAACAACUCAGGCAGCCUGUCCUACCAGACGGAGUACAGGAUCAACCCAGACUCUCUGGUUCUCCUGGAAUCCAGUGUGAAAGACAUAGUAGUGCUGAAAUCCACUCUGGGUUGCUAUAGGUACAGCUAUGUCCAGGAGGAUGACAUCCUAAGGCUGGAGGGCCCUGACUACCUGGCAUCCAGCUGUCUUUGGCACCUCCACAGCCUCAAGGGCUACAUGAUCAAGCUACGGCUGGAGUGGACCCUCCCUGAYUGCAGGGACCGCCUGGCAAUGUACAACGCAGCUGGGCCCCUGGAGAAACACCUCAUCACCUCGAUCUAUGGCUGCAGCCGGCAGGAGCCCAUCGUGGAAGUUCUUUCCUCUGGCCCUGUCAUGUCGAUUGUGUGGAAGAAAGCCAUGUACAGCUACUAUGACCCCUUCAUCCUCUCAGCACAGGUGGUGCCCCUCGAAGCUUGUGAGGUGAACAUAACUCUGCGGGAGAGCCUGGAGCCGCAGGGGAAGAUCAGCACCCCUCACUACCCCAGCUACUACUCGCCCAACACGCAAUGCACCUGGCACAUGAUGGUCCCCUCCCUCGACUAUGGGGUCACCCUCUGGUUCGACGCCUAUGCACUCAGCAGACAGAAGCACGACCUGCCCUGUACCCAAGGCCAGUGGAUAAUUCAGAACAGAAGGUUGUGUGGCCUGAGGACCCUGCAAGCCUAUGCUGAGAGGAUCCCAGUCACAUCUUCUGCCGACAUCACCAUCACCUUCACCUCACAGAUCUCCUUAACCGGCCCAGGCAUACAGGCAGCUUACAGCCUGUACAAGCAAUCUGACCCCUGUCCUGGGGAGUUCCUGUGUUUGGUAAAUGGUUUGUGCGUCCCAGCCUGUGAUGGGAUUAAAGAUUGCCCCAAUGGGCUGGAUGAGAGAAAUUGUGUGUGCCCGGCAAUGUUCCAGUGCCCUGAGGACAGCACUUGCAUCGAGUUCAGCAGGGUUUGCAACCAGCAGCUGGACUGUGCCAACGGGAGCGAUGAGGAGCACUGCAGUGGAGGRGUCCCCUGUGGUCCUUUCACCUACCGCUGUCAAGAUGGGACCUGUGUGAAGAAGCCCAACCCCCUGUGUGACACCACUGCAGACUGCGAGGACCUGUCUGAUGAGAGUCACUGUGACUGUGGGAUGCAAGCCCCUCUCAGCAGGAUUGUGCGUAGUAUGAAUUCUGUGGAAGGGGAAUGGCCAUGGCAGGCCAGCCUGCAAGUUCGGGGCCGCCACAUUUGUGGGGGAACACUCAUUGCUGACCGCUGGGUGGUCACAGCAGCGCACUGCUUCCAGGAUGAGAGGGCACAUCAGCGAUGUUCUGCAGAAGGUGGACGUGCAGCUCAUCCAGCAGAACAUCUGCAGCGAGGCCUAUCACUACAUGAUUACUCCCAGGAUGCUGUGUGCUGGGUACUACCAGGGCAAGAAGGAUGCCUGCCAGGGCGAUUCUGGAGGUCCACUGGCCUGCAAAGAACCCAGUGGCAGAUGGUUUCUGGCUGGUUUGCUCAGCUGGGGAAUGGGAUGCACGCAUGCAAAUCACUAUGGAGUAUACACCAGGAUUACUCAAGUGUUGGGCUGGAUGAACCAAACCAUGAGCUGAGAAAAGUGCAUCUCUGCCUUCUCCCCAUAACACCUACACUCACAUGGCACCCAUUCCUCAUCUUGCUCACUUGCCUCUCAGAGAGAGUGUGGGAUGUUGUCAGACCCAAGAUGCUCUUCUGAACAGGGUAAAAAAACACUGCCACAGGGAUUGUAGAGAAAAGCAAGCAGACCCUCUUCCCCAUCAAUGCUUCCCAGGGAGCGUCCCAAGGAGUUUUUAGGCCAUGGGUCCAAAAGAAGGGGGAAGGGAGGGAGGUGGGGGAGUUGGGGGCAAUGACAUGACACACAGCAAUAGUCCCAAGUUGAUGAUUUCUGAGAAGAGGAAUAAGGGGAGUUGAACUUUCCAUGAACCAUGAUUCAACCAUAGUCUUAUGCUGGAACAUUUGCUGAAAGAAAAUGUGACUGAUGUAGUUAGAGAUUCCAGUAACUGUAAAAUCAAUCUGCCUCCCUCUUCCUUCCUGCUGCUUAUCCUUCAUCCCCCUUCCCCUCCCAUCACUCCUCCUCUUCCAUCUCCCUAAUUGCUUCUUUUCUUAGCUGGUGUGUGCUGUUCAGUGUGCUGUUCAGCUCAGCCAGGCAACUUCACGUCUCACUGACUCCCAGGCAUGAGUCCAGCAUUGCACCCCCAAGCACGUGUCCUGCCUCCCUGCUGGAGCAGCACCCAGCCUCCACUGCUGUUCUUCCCCUAGUAAAAAUGCUGGAGGAGACUCCCAUCCCCUUCCCGCAGCCCUUCCAAAUACCUUUAACAUCAGGGCAUCACAGAUGCUUCCAUCUCCUAUCUCAGGUAAUCCAGGAGGUGAAGGAGAAAGCUUCAGAGCACAGGGCUAAAACUGCAGCUGCUGCGAGCUUGUUUUUUUAACUAAAGAUAUACGUGUGUGUGUGUGUGUGUGUGUGUGUGUGUGUGUGUGUGUGUGUGUGUACACACAAUUGGCCACUCUCUGGCAUUAGAAAUAAAAUUCAU